AUGUCUGAGGACCCGAAACAAGUCUCGAUCGAGACGGAAUCCCUGCGCAAGGUGGCAUUCUUCGGAAUCGCGGUCUCCACCAUCGCCACGUUGACGGCUAUUGUGGCAGUGCCAAUGUUGUACAACUACAUGCAACAUGUGCAAUCCUCACUUCAAUCAGAAGUCGAAUUCUGCUCACACAGAUCGAAUGGACUUUGGGAUGAGUACAAGAGAUUCGAAGGAGUCGCUGGAGUCGAGGGACGCAUCAAACGUGACACCUACCACCGCCGUUUCCACGCCAAACAACGUCGUCAAUCCUACGACGAUUCCGGUGUCAAUGGUGGAUUCUCCUCUGGAAACAACGGAGGAUCUUGCUGCUCUUGCGGAGUUGGAUCCGCUGGACCGCCAGGAUCUCCAGGACAAGACGGAGCUCCAGGAAACGACGGAGCUCCAGGAGCCCCAGGAAAUCCAGGACAAGACGCUCAAGAGAACUCUGUUGCCUCUGCCGACUCAUUCUGUUUCGAUUGCCCAGCUGGACCACCAGGACCAUCAGGAGCGCCAGGACAAAAGGGACCAUCCGGAGCACCAGGACAGCCAGGAAGAUCCGGAGGAAAUGCGCUUCCAGGACCACCAGGACCAGCUGGACCACCAGGACCAGCCGGACAGCCAGGAUCUAAUGGAAAUGCAGGAGCACCAGGACAGCCAGGACGCGUUGUUGAUGUUCCAGGGACUCCAGGACCAGCCGGACCACCAGGACCACCAGGACCAGCAGGAGCACCAGGACAGCCAGGACAAGCCGGACAUGCUCAGCCAGGACAGCCAGGACCACAGGGAGAUGCUGGAGCUCCAGGAGCACCAGGACAACCAGGACAAGCUGGACAGCCAGGAAACGAUGGAGAUCAAGGAGGUCAAGGACAAUGCGACCAUUGUCCACCACCAAGAACCGCUCCAGGAUAUUAG